AUACUGCUGCAUUCAUCAGACAUAAAAUAUUUCCGUGAUUUUAGUGAUUUUCUCUCGUUUCUGCAUUUUAUUUGUUGAAAAAAAAAGCAAUGAUUGCCGGUGGUCACGGUGAUCCCAACCCAAAUAGCUCGUGGAUGGAUUCCCGAGGUCUGUGGCUGGCUUACGUUCUUGGUAUUAUUAUUUUUCAUAUAGUGAUCCUGGCAGUGCCGUUUAUUGACAUUCCCUUUGCUUGGACAAUCACAAACAUCACCCAUAAUUUGGCCCAUCUAUAUUUCUUACAUUCGAUAAAAGGUGCCCCGUGGAUGAGUAUAGAUACCGGAGAUUCCCGCAAAUAUACACACUGGGAGCAAAUUAAUCAUGGAGAACAGUUCACGACGACGAGAAAGUUUCUAACUGCAGCUCCUAUAAUACUGUUUUUGCUAACAUGCCUAUACACACGGAAUGAUAUCGAUCACUUUAUUGCGAACAUAAUUUCGCUCAUCGUGGUUCUAAUACCAAAGCUACCACAGUUUCAUGGAGUUCGACUGUUUGGAAUUAACAAGUACUGAAUCAACACCUGACUGUUUACUACCUUGCAUGUUUACCGUUUAGACAGCAGCUUUUGCUGCUUAGAAUGUACGCAGAACGCUGCUAUGAUAUGCAUCGUACGGGAAUCGUGAUUUUGGUUAAAAUAUCGAUUGUUUUAAAAUAUAUUUUGAUAGCUUAAAGCAAUUUGUGAAAUGGAACAUACACUGGGAAUGUUGGUACUGAAACUUAUUGCAUUCUAAUUAAAAAAAUCUCAAAAGAUGAUCAACAGCAUCAUAACAAACUUUCGGAGGUGGAACUCUAUUGCCUAUACGUGUUGAAAGUCACGUAAUUCACUGGUAAAAUCAUAAAAUAGCUCAGAAUCUAAAAAUUACUCAUUGGUUUUGUACUUUUAACGAAAAAUAAACAUAAUUAUGUAGAUUAACCUAUAGAUGAACUGAAAAUUAAUCUCGGUGAUUUAGUCACAAAAUACCCACAUCGAUAUAUUGGAAAUAUGUGAAAAAUUCCAUUGAUAAUUAUCAUAAUUCAUUCGGAAAUAAAUUAACUAUGGAUAAAUAAAUUGUUUACAGUGAUAGUUUAAUGAUUAAUAAACAUUGUUAAUUUUCCUUGAAUAAGUCAAAGGCAACUUUGG